AAGCCAAGUGCCUCAGAAACUAUGAUAUCAACUGUCCAGUUGGAGGAGGACACUACAGACCAGGUUCCUAAUGAGAAAGAGAACCAAAGGGAGAUGCACCGAAAGAAGGGCAGGAAAAAACGACCAUCGAUGAAAAUGUCGGAUAUGGAGACUUUGCAUAAACUAAGCAUGUCUGUCUGUCAGGUGUGCGUCUGCGGUAGACCUUGUGGCUCAGGCUUCCUACUCUUUGGUGGAUUUAUACUGACAAACGCUCAUGUUGUCAGGAACAUCCGAGACAGCGAAACAGGACGACUAUUGCCAUCUGUGACAGUCACCUUUGAAAAUCUAGGAAUUUCAGAAGUUCAUGUAGAGCUAAAACUCAUUGUUUAUCAACAUGGUAGUUCUCACCAUGUACUGGACUAUGCUUUGCUGCAGCUUGUGGAGUCACAGACAAUCGAGCUGCCUCCAGGACUGCUUAGUAUGUGUGGUCAACUCCCACAGCACGGUGAAAUCUACAUCAUUGGCUAUCCAGGUGGGGGUGAGAAAGAGGUAUCUCUCGCUGUCAUCGUUGAAUUUCAAAAACGAGCCAUAGCUUUCAGCGAAUACUUCAGAAAGAAUCCCGGCCACAUUGGAGCAAUAAUAGGGGCUUUGCUGAAGGAAAACUGGAGCUUUAAAGAAAUGGAGGAUCCCUACCUGAUGACCUAUGACACCAGCUUUUUGCAUGGUUCUUCCGGCUCACCUGUUUUCCUGUGCAACGGACGACUAGUCUCAAUGCACACUGGGGGCUACUCCUAUGAGGUGGACGGUGAAACAUACAGUAUCAUUGAGUAUGCCAUUCCCAUUAUGCCUGUUCUGGAGGACAUUAUGUGGCAGCUGUUAAACAGCAAAGAUAUACCAAUGCAACAAAAACUUGAGUAUUUUACAUCAUUCAUUGGUGAGGCCUGGAAGGGGUUUACCGAUAUGAUAAGAAUGAUCGCCUUUUGCCUCACUGAGGUUUUAAUGAGGCUCAGUGAAAACCAGCUACACCCGCUGGUACUGCAUGUUGUCCUGGGUGCCGUGGAGGUGACCGAGAAACAUGCUAAAACAUGGUUUCGUAAGGCACUAAGAGAGGCCAUGGAUAUGAAACCGUCAUUAAAGGGAAUAUCUAAACAGGGUCUGGUCGACCUGGCAAAGACACAAGAAGAACAGUCCAGUUUGCACGCUCUGGGCCAGUUCCUUUUCCCUGAAAACCAAAGAGGCGCAUUGACAGAUAUAACUGUAAAUACACAGGGUGCAAAUAAAUGGAGGAAGAGAGGGAAGGGGAAGAACAAAGGUGGGGGAAAACGAGGGGAGGGAACACUGCGCAAAGGAUUAUACAGACUUUAGAUUCAAACGGUGUUCUGUAUUUAAAAACCAAAGUCAUAUUAUUCAGAUAUUUGUUGGAGCAUUUGCACUGCUGGUGUAAAUACAUUUGUGAGUCUGCCUGAAAAAAGAUGAUGUCACAUGGCACAGUGCCACAUGGUGAUUGGGCAAGACAACACACACAAAAAUACUUUAAUCCUCUGGUCAUUUUACGCCCCUCUACCGGAGAGCCAGGAUUAAAAAUAGUGGUGUGGUAUAAAGAUAGUGAGGGCUAUCUCAAGGUUUGAAUCAGCAUCAAGUCAUGCAAAGCAGGAGUGCCAUGGAGCCAUGGUUUGGGUGCUGAAACAUGUUUAUUAUGCCAUUUCAUUUUAGUAUUUUGUCCCAUAUGUGGGAUUGCCAAACACUUUGGAUUUCUGAGUAUGCCAGAAAUGAGUAAACUCCAAGAGACUUACUAACCUCUGCUCAUUAGCCCAACUUGCACAUUGCAAUUAGUCAAGCCGAAA